AUGGCGUCCCUCAGAGCGUCUCUGUCGCCGUGGAGCCUCCUAAGAGGUUCUCCAUGCACGGAACGGGUCUGUUUCUGGGCCCGAGCUCGGUCCCGGCCCGGCGUCCUGCACCGGCCGCUGCCUGGGCCAUGCGGGGCGGGAACGCCGUGCCGUCGGCUCGGUUCCGAGGCCGAAUCUGGUAGCCCUGAGAUCAAGAAACCUACAUUUAUGGAUGAAGAAGUCCAAAGCAUACUCAUCAAGAUGACAGGCUUGAAUUUGCAGAAAACUUUUAAGCCAGCUGUACAAAAACUAAAGCCACCAACCUAUAAGCUAAUGACUCAGGCACAGUUGGAAGAGGCUACAAGACAGGCAGUUGAGGCAGCUAAAGUACGAUUAAAAAUGCCACCAGUUCUGGAAGAGCGUACACCAAUAAAUGAUGUGAUUGCUGAAGAUAAGAUUUUGGAAGGAACAGAAACAGCCAAAUACGUGUUUACUGAUAUAACAUAUAGCAUACCGCACCGGGAGCGUUUUAUUGUUGUCAGAGAACCAAGUGGCAUACUACGCAAAGCCUCCUGGGAAGAACGAGAUCGGAUGAUACAAGUUUAUUUCCCCAAAGAAGGUCGGAGAACUUUAACUCCAAUAAUUUUCAAGGAAGAAAAUCUUAAGACCAUGUAUAGUCAGGACCGGCAUGGUGAUGUCCUCAAUCUCUGCGUUGCCCAGUUUGAGCCAGAUUCUGCUGAAUAUAUCAAAGUUCAUCAUCAGACCUAUGAAGAUAUAGAUAAACAUGGAAAGUAUGAUCUUUUACGUUCAACAAGACAUUUUGGUGGAAUGGCUUGGUAUUUUGUAAAUAAGAAAAAGAUUGAUGGUUUACUGAUUGACCAGAUUCAGAGAGAUUUAGUCGAUGAUGCCACCAGCUUGGUUCAGCUGUAUCACAUCCUCCAUCCAGAUGGCCCAUCAGCUCAAGAGGCCAAGGAGCAGGCUGCUGAGGGAUUACAUUUAAUUAAGGUGUUUGCAAAAACAGAAGCACAGAAGGGAGCAUAUAUAGAAUUAACACUGCAAGCUUAUCAAGAAGCAUUCAUUAGUCAUUCUGUAGCUUCCUGAAAAUUUUUUUCAAAUAAAUUUCAUUUUGCUAAA